AUGGCGAUUGAAGUUUGCUCUGAGAUUUCCAGCGUAGGAAUCAGUCCCAGAAUCUCGUUUUCGCAUGAUCUGAACCAGGCCGAUUCCUUGCCUUCUUCCUCCGAUUGCAACCGCGGUCGCUUGGAUUUGAGUCUUCUGGAAUCCGAUUUCGAUUUCGAUUUCUGCAUUGGCAAUCUUCUUCUGCAAGAUCUCUCCUCUGCGGAUGAGCUUUUCUGCAAUGGAAAAAUUCUCCCCGUCGAAAUCAAGAAAUCGGUCGAGCCAAACAGAGAAGUUUCUAAACCUAACGAAUCGACUCCUCCAAUUCCUCCCGAUCCACCGACAAGUUCAGUCUCCUCCGAGAAGAAGAGCCUGAAAGAACUUCUAUCCGCGAGUUUCGAUGCGGAGGAGAAACCGCACUCCAAAUCGUUCUGGCAGUUCAAGCGAAGCAGUAGUCUCAAUUGCGAAAGCUCCAAGAGUAGAGGUUUGAUACGAUCCUUACAUUUUCUCUCCAGAAGCAACUCCACUGGUUCGGCUUUGAAUUCGAAACACCAAUCGCAAUCGCAAUCGCAAUCGCAAUCGCAAUCGAAGGAUUCUCGGACGCCGAAUUUGCAGAAACAGCCUUCGAUUUCGAGUAGAAAAUCGUCCGUAUCUUCUUGCUCGAACUCGUAUUUCGCAAAUUCGUUCUCUCAGAAGCCUUCGACGAGGAGGAAUUUCGGGGCGAACAAUGGGAAUGGAGUUCGAAUAAUGAGUCCUCUUCUCAACCUCCCUCCGCCAUACAUUUCUAAAGUAACUGUGAGUUUUUUUGGAUUCGGUUCUCUGUUUUGCAAUGGAAAGAACAAAAAGAAGAACAAAUAAACAAAGAGUUACGCCAUUUUGAUGGCCUUACCCAUCUCGAUUCACUGUUCUCUUAUAUUCCUUUUCAUUUUUGUUGUUCCUCAAUAAUUAAAAACUUAUGGGCUGUCUCUUUGUUCUUUUCAACUUUGAUUGAAGCCUUGUUUUCGUUUUUUUCU